CGCGCGCCCGCCCGCUCGCCCCCGGCUCCUCCUCCUCUUCUCGCCAUUGCAGUUGGACUCAGCAGCCCGGUGCGCACCGCGUGGCUUUUGCGGGGGAGAUCCCGGCGGGUUGCGGCAGGCGGUCGGCGGCGGUUGCGGUCGGGGAAGGGACGCUGACAAGAUAGCUGAAGUAUUGAUAACACCAAGGAAAUCUGUCACAAUUUGAAAAUAUAAGCAAAAUUUGAUUUCCAGACACUACAGAAAAAGAAGUAAAAAUGCGUCCAUUGCGAAUUUUUGUGAAUGAUGAUCGCCACGUGAUGGCAAAGCAUUCUUCUGUUUAUCCAACCCAAGAGGAACUGGAGGCAGUCCAGAACAUGGUGUCCCACACAGAGCGGGCGCUCAAAGCUGUGUCUGAUUGGAUUGAUGAGCAGGAGAAAGGCAGCAGUGAACAUGCCGAGUCUGAGAACUUGGACGCGCCCCCAGAGGAUGAGAGCAAAGAAGGGGCCGGGGAGCAAAAGACGGAGCAUAUGACCAGAACCCUGCGGGGUGUAAUGCGUGUUGGCCUUGUGGCAAAGGGCCUCCUGCUCAAGGGGGACUUGGACCUGGAGCUGGUGCUGCUAUGCAAGGAGAAACCCACAACUGCCCUCCUGGACAAGGUGGCUGACAACCUGGCCAUCCAGCUCACUGCUGUUACAGAAGAUAAGUACGAAAUACUCCAAUCUGUCGAUGAUGCUGCGAUAGUGAUAAAAAAUACAAAAGAGCCUCCAUUGUCCCUGACUAUCCACCUGACAUCCCCCGUUGUCAGAGAAGAAAUGGAGAAAGUAUUAGCUGGAGAAACGCUAUCAGUCAACGACCCCCCGGACGUCCUGGACAGGCAGAAAUGCCUUGCUGCCUUGGCGUCCCUCCGACACGCCAAGUGGUUCCAGGCCAGAGCCAAUGGGCUGAAGUCUUGUGUUAUUGUCAUCCGGGUCCUGAGGGACCUGUGCACCCGAGUGCCCACCUGGGGUCCUCUAAGAGGAUGGCCCCUUGAGCUUCUCUGUGAAAAGUCCAUCGGCACAGCCAACAGACCCAUGGGUGCUGGCGAGGCCCUGCGGAGAGUGCUGGAGUGCCUGGCGUCGGGCAUCGUGAUGCCAGAUGGUUCUGGCAUUUAUGACCCUUGUGAAAAAGAAGCCACUGAUGCUAUUGGGCAUCUAGACAGACAGCAACGGGAAGAUAUCACACAGAGUGCGCAGCAUGCUCUGCGACUUGCUGCAUUUGGACAGCUGCAUAAAGUCCUGGGUAUGGACCCUCUGCCUUCUAAGAUGCCCAAGAAACCAAAGAAUGAAAACCCAGUGGACUACACGGUUCAAAUCCCCCCCAGUACCACCUACGCCAUUACGCCAAUGAAACGCCCAAUGGAGGAGGAUGGAGAGGAAAAGUCUCCCAGCAAAAAGAAGAAGAAGAUUCAGAAGAAAGAGGAGAAGGCAGAGCCUCCCCAGGCUAUGAAUGCCCUGAUGAGGCUGAACCAGCUGAAGCCCGGGCUGCAGUAUAAACUGGUUUCCCAGGCGGGGCCGGUCCAUGCCCCCAUCUUCACCAUGUCUGUGGAAGUAGAUGGCAGCUCAUUCGAGGCCUCCGGACCAUCCAAAAAGACUGCCAAGCUGCAUGUGGCUGUUAAGGUGUUACAGGAUAUGGGCUUGCCUACCGGUGCUGAAGGCAGAGACUCCAGUAAGGGGGAGGACUCGGCUGAGGAAACUGAGGCCAAGCCAGCUGUCAUGGCUCCUCCACCUGUGGUAGAAGCCGCUUCGACCCCCACUGCUGCCUUUACUGCGGAUCCCACUACCGAGCAGGGGCCGAUUCUGACCAAGCAUGGCAAGAACCCCGUCAUGGAACUUAAUGAGAAGAGGCGUGGCCUCAAGUAUGAGCUCAUCUCAGAGACUGGUGGCAGCCAUGACAAGCGCUUUGUGAUGGAGGUCGAGGUAGAUGGACAGAAGUUUCAAGGUGCUGGCUCAAAUAAAAAGGUGGCAAAAGCACAUGCUGCCCUUGCUGCGCUAGAAAAGCUAUUCCCUGAUGCCCCUCUCUCCCUGGAAGCCAAUAAGAAGAAGAGAGCACCUGUGCCUGUCAGAGGUGGACUGAAAUUUGCUGCUAAGCCACAUAACCCUGGUUUUGGCAUGGGAGGCCCCAUGCACAACGAAGUGCCCCCACCCCCAAACCUUCGAGGGCGGGGAAGAGGAGGGAGCAUCCGUGGUCGGGGUAGAGGAAGAGGAUUUGGUGGCGCCAACCAUGGAAACUACAUGAAUGCUGGCGCUGGGUAUGGCAGCUAUGGGUAUGGAGGCAACUCGGCAACAGCUGGCUACAGUCAGUUCUACAGCAAUGGAGGGCAUUCUGGGAAUGCUGGCAGUGGCGGCGGCGGGGGCGGUGGUGGCUCCUCCGGCUACGGCUCCUACUACCAAGGUGACAACUACAGCUCCCCAGUGCCCCCGAAACAUGCCGGGAAGAAACAGCCACACGGGGGCCAGCAGAAACCCUCCUACGGCUCAGGCUACCAGCCCCACCCAGGCCAGCAGCAGUCCUACAACCAGAGCCAGUACAGCAACUAUGGCCCCCCACAGGGCAAGCAGAAAGGCUAUAGUCACGGCCAAGGCAACUACUACUCCAACUCCUACAGCUCCCCCGGGGGCGGGGGCGGCUCCGACUACAGCUACGAGAGCAAAUUCAACUACAGUGGUAGCGGAGGCCGAAGCGGCGGGAACAGCUACGGCUCAGGCGGGUCGUCGUACAACCCAGGGUCACAUGGGGGCUACGGAGGAGGUUCUGGGGGCGGCUCCUCGUACCAAGGCAAACAAGGAGGCUACUCAUCACAAUCGAACUACAACUCCCCGGGGUCCAGCCAGAAUUACUGCGGCCCUCCCAGCUCGUACCAGUCAUCACAGGGAGGCUACGGCAGGAACGCAGACCACAGCAUGAACUACCAGUACAGAUAAAGCCCUGAGGGUGAAGAUUUGUACCUUCUGCACUUACCCCUCCUCGUUACCCUGGCACUGUUCACAGCCUAAGCUCUUUGUCCUCCCAUGCUUGUUAACCAUGGCUACUGGGAGAAGUGCAACCCAUUCUUGAUGCAGGAUCACUCAGCCGAGGCAGAAACUCCAGUGUGCCUUCAAAGGAUGAAGACUUGCUUUCUUGGAGAGGUGAUAAAAGGUAUUCUGCACUAAAAAAGAAAACAUUGGAAAAUGUUUGCCCUCUGCUGCAGCAGAGGAGGUCCUAGAUACCAAGUGAUCCAGGUCGGGGAGAGGGGCCCUGUGAAAUCCAUUCAAGAGGUGGCCAACAGUGUGAACAUUUUGGUCAGCCUGAGGUGCCUAAAGUAUGUGUACAAGAGGCUUGAGGGUGGAUAUCCACCCCAGCUCCUCUCCCAGACGUGUGCAGGGGCUGGGAAAAGACCCAUGUGACAUCAUUGGGACCUUGUGUUUGUGAUGACAGGAUACAGGCUUUGAACAGAGUCUACAUCACUCAGAAAUCCUAAGGGAGGAACCCCUUGGCCCCAACUGCCAAAUGCCUUCGAACUCUGGACCUUUCUUGUCAACACAGGUCUCCUCACAUCAGUUUCCCAGAGACCACUACCAUAUUCCAAUGUAUGAAUAUGAGUCUAUGUCUCAGAUCUUCCUCUUUGUUACAAAGACACAAAUCAUUGGAAUUAGGGCCCACUCUAGUCCAGGAUGAUGAUAUUUCAAGAUCCUUAUAUCUACAGAGACCCUGUAACUACAGUCAGUCACAUUCACAGGCAUCAAUGGUUAGGAUGUGGACAUAUCUUUUGGGAGACACUUUUCAGCCCACAAUAGGGUUGGAUGAAGGUUUCACUCACUGGGCUGCUGGCACAACCCUGGGAGCUUCAGCUACAGCCAGGAUCACCAUGGUCAGGUCUGGACAACACUGAGCCAGCAGCAGCAUUGCAACAGUGGUGGGUAUCUGUCCUGAGGGGACAGCUCAUGAGUCUAGAUCCCUUGGCACCUUAGUGCUACUUGGGGACCUCAUUGGUGCUGAUAGCCCGGUGAUGCCUGAGGCCAACUGCAAUAUCCCAGCCCUCAGGACCUGCUAUUCCAGGAGGCUGGGCUCAGGAAGAUGUGAACCCACCUUGAGCGUGAAGGCCUUGCUGGGGCAUCACCCACUCAAAGCUGACCAAGGCCUUCCCAGGCCUGUUACCCUCCAAGCCCAGGAAGCCAGCCUAGAGAAGGCCCUCACUGAGCUGCUGCUCCAACUCAUCAGCCAGGGCCAUAGUGGGCAACAGAGCUGGCCUAUGGGGGAGAUGCUUUGACCCAUAUAUUGCUGGAGGACAGUGUCAUCUUUCAGUCACCAGCAAAGAUCACCAGGAACAUGAGCAGGAAGGACCAGCUACCCACAUGCUUACUCAGCGAGUUGGUCAGACGGUGCUUGGUGAAUAGGCUGGGGGGUGUCAGUGCUCUGGGACUGGACACAACACUCCAGAGGGCUCAGGAAAGGAGACCAAACCACUGGUGGGACAGAUAGACACGGGCAUGGUGGGCCAAUGUGUUUUCAGGGGGGGCGGGGAGGCAGGCCCUUUCCAGAAUUUUGGACUGAUGGCACGGGGGUUAGUGGGGAUUGGUGACUUGGGACCAAAGGGGACCUCUGAGUAGUAAUAGGAUACAGAUCCAGGAUUCUACCUCUCUAGAUUGGCAGUCACUGGGCCUCAUGUCCCUCUGGGCUAGGUUCCAGUCUGACCUGGAAGUUACCACCUAGCUGCCCAACUACCCUGGCAGAGCAUUCGUCUCCCUUAGCCUGUUGACCAUUCUUGUGUGGUCAGCAGGGCCUGCUCUGCCCCUGAGGCCUGGCCCUGUACAGCUGGGCUGUCAGCUGAGAUUCAGUCUGUGUGCUCUUUGCUGCAAGCCUUUUUGGCCCAGAUGCUUAUUCUAACCCAUUCCAGAAUAAAUGGAAACUUCCUGUGUUCAUUGUUUGAUUCA